GGCAAAUGUUAAUUUUGAGACAUUAAAAGCGAACUAUUUUAAUUUUGAGACAUAAAUGUGAGAAAAAGUAAAAAAAAUGAUGAUAGAAAAAUAUAACUUACUAUGCACACAAAAAUGGCACUCUACACAGAAACUUUGGGCUCUGUCAGUGUGACGUUGGUAAAGUUAUCACGCUGACCAAGCUAUUUCGUAAAAUUUACUAAAUCAAAGAUGGCAUCAAGUAUUGCAUCAACAUGAGUUGGGCACAGGCAAUGGCAGUGGACCAUUGUAAAAAUGAUGUCGUCAAACAGUUAUACCAGAAAGAAGCGCAAUUCAGAUUAGGGCUUGUGCUAACAUGCAAAGCGUCUGCAUAUGGCGUAAAAUUACAGAAGGGGGCAGACAUGAUGGUCACACCAAAACCUGAAUUUGUUUGUUUCGUCUAUGACCAUUGGACAAAGAUUUUGGAGGCUCGAGUGGCGGAUGUCAAAAGUCCGCCACUCAAAGAACUUGGUGAUUUCUGGUUAUCUUUCGAUGACACUGAUGAGGAUUUGGACGACGAAGAGAACCCCUUCGCCAAAACGGUAAGUUAUAUUUUUCUAUUACUUUUGUUAUGAUUACUUAUGAUAAUAAAUAGUAAUUAAAAUGAUCUCAUUUCUUGGAUUGGUUAUGUUGUUCUUGAAAUAUUUCUAAUUGCUUCAUGGGCUGAUAAGUAAUGUAGCUCACUGACUCGUGGGAAAGGUUAAAGAUCGUGAACAAACAGUUACUUCGGGCAUAGUGCAUUUAUGGCAAUAACUAAGGAUACAGAAUUAAUAGAUGAAUAAUACUAGUGAUAAGUUGAAAGUGGAGUGCAUCAAUUUAAUUUCAU